AUGUGUUCUGGGAAUUGUGCAAAAUGCCUGGGCAUUGCCCUAAUUCCACUAGCCAUUCUGUGUAUACUGGCCAAUACCUUGCUUUUUUUUCCGGGCGGCAAAGUUGCAUCAGACAAUGGACAUAUUUCAGAUGAAGUCUGGUACUUUGGAGGGAUUUUGGGGUCUGGAGUUCUGGUAAGUGUAAAAUAUAAAAUAUAUAAAAUGUGAAAUAUAUUGUAUUAUAAAAGAAAAUUGUAUCAAUAGCAUACAUCACAGGCAACAGAGCAGCACACUAAUGUUUCUGUUGCUGAAUUUAAGGAACUGAACAUCUAUAACUCACGACACAUCUUUAUCAUAUCUGUUAUUUGAUCUGCAUAUUUUUACUGUAACUCAAAUAUACCAUGUGUUAUGAAUUUAAUUAACAACAUGACGGAUAGCAAUUUUUAACUUUUUAAGUAACUGAAGUGGCUGUAACAUCAUAUAAUCCCCUUCCCUCAUGAGAAAAGAAAGUGCAGUGUGUCUUUAUCUUCAUUCUCUCUGCAUUCCCACAUGCGACAAACUCUUUCCCUAUACUAAGCAACAUACUACAUACAUUUUACACCCACCCACCUACCCUGUCCUUAUUUUAAUUUAUUAAUUUUAUUUUAUAGACCAUAUGUCUUAAUCUGUGUGGCGUCAUCCAAUUAUCAAAUAUCCAUUUCACCAUCACUUUAAUUGACAACAUCUAAAAAGCAUUUUCUUUGCUACACUUCAUACUUUGUUUCUCCCCAGCUACGUUUAGUUCCUUUAGAUUGUAAGCUUGUGGGCAAGUCCUACAUACACUAUGUAUAAAAGUGCUACAAACUUUAGAUUAAAGUCCACAAACAGUUGUGCCUAAUUAUAGCUAACUUAAUUUAAUAUUCAAAGAAUCAUGGACUUGGCUCCUUCAAAUUCUAAAUUUUCCUGAAUAGCUAGGUUCAGGAUCAAUUCAGAGUUUCAUAUAUGCCUGAUUUUCUGUACAUUGCAUAUAAUUCAGACAUAUAAGUGUUAUUUUUGCCAUGAAGUGGGUUAGCAUAUUUAGGAUAAUGAUAAAAUGUGCCUCUAAUUUGCUUUUAGUGAUCAAGACAUUUUUUUAAGUAUUAACGGUGAAGUUCAGGAAUGGUUUUCCCUUGAAUUUUAUGGUUUUAGAGUCACAUUUGGGCCUUAGAGAAUUAUAUCAUGAGAGUCAGACAAAUCUCAGACUAUUAAAAUCCCCAUAUUUUAGAGUAUAUUGAGCGGUGGGUGGGAGCCCUAAAUAAUAAUUAAGGGGGGACCUAAUGUCCUCCCCCCUGGCCCCAACCCCUGAGCGGUGGGUGGGGGCCCUAAAUACUAAUAAGGGAGGGGACCUAAUGUCCUCCCCCUGGCCUCCACCCCUGAGCGGCAGGUGGGGGCCCUAAAUACUAAUAAGGGGGGACCUAAUGUCUUCCCCCUGCCCCCCCCGAGUGGCGGGUGGGGGCCCUAAAUACUAAUAGUGGGGGACCUAAUGACCCCUCUGGCCCCCACCCCUGAGCGGCGGGUGUGGGCCCUAAAUACCAAUGGGGGGACCUAUUGUCCUCCCACCCCUGAGCAGUGGGUGGGGGCCCUAAAUAAAAAUUUUACCCCAAAAAAGAAUUAACCCCUACUUACCCCCCUCACCCUAAAAAUAAUGAGGGGGGGGACCUUCUGUUUUCAGCCCCAAAAGAGGCCACAUAAAAUAUCUAUAAUAACCGACGCACUUUGAAAAAAAAAAACGAGUGCAAAAAAAAAUAAUCCAUCUUCACCCAGCGAGGGCGCCGCGCAGACUGAGCUCUGCAGGGUGGGGGAAGGCUUAUAAAGCCUUGCCCCAAUGACACAGAGCACUCUGAUUGGUGGAUUUCAAGCCAACCAAUCAGAGUGCUGUGACAGGUAAAUGUAGAGAUUUACCUGUCAGUCUCUUCAUUUACCUGUCAGAGCACUCUGAUUGGAUGGCUUAAACCCACCAAUCAGAGUGCUCUGAGCCUAAUUGCAGGGCGUGGCAAGGCUUUAGUCUACACGGAGCCCUCGCCGGGUGAAGAUGGAUUUUUUUUUUUUGCGCUCGUUUUGUUUUUGUUUUUUUAAGUGCGUCGGUUAAUAUGGAUUUUGUAUUUGGCCUUUUUUGGGACUCAAAAAAUAAGAUUUUAGAAGAAAGAAAACAUCAAAUGGUAAGUUUUUUUUUUUUUUUUUACAGGUACUUAGUUGAAGGUCCCCCCUCAUUAUUUUUAGGGUGAGGGGGGUAGGUAGGGGUUAAAUUUUUUUGGGGGGGUGACUAGGGGUUUGGGGACCCAUGUCACCUGGGGGGGUAACAUUUUUAUUUAGGGCCCCAACCCGCCGCUCAGGGGUGGGGGCCAAGGGGGAGGACAUUAGGUGUCCCCCCCUUAUUCCAAUUUAGGGCCCUCACCCACCGCUCAGGGGUGGGGGCCAGGGGGGAGGACAUUAGGUCCCCCCCUCUUAUUAGUAUUUAGGGCCCCCACCCCUGAGCGGCAGGUGGGGGCCCUAAAUACUAAUAGUGGGGGACCUAAUGACCUCCCCCCUGGCCCCCACCCCUGAGCGGUGGGUGGGGGCCAGGGCCCCCACCCCUGAGUGGCAGGUGGGGGCCCCAAAUACUAAUAAGAGGGGGGAACCUAAGGGGUGGGGGCCAAGGGAGAGGUCAUUAGGUGUGUCCCUCUCUUAUUAGUAUUUAGGGCCCCCACCUGCUGCUCAGGGGUGGGGGCCAGGGGAGAGGACAUUGGGUCCCCCCCUUAUUCCAAUUUAGGGCCCCCACCCACUGCUCAGGGGUGGGGGCCAGGGGGAGGACAUUAGGUCCCCUCCCUUAUUUAACUGUAUGGCCCUCAUCCACCGCUCAGGGGUGGGGGCCAGGGGGGAGGACAUUAGGUCCCCCCCCUUAUUAGUAUUUAGGGCCCCCACCCACCGCUCAGGGGUGGGGGCCACGGGGCAAUAGGUCCCCACUCGAUUUAAUAGCCCCCACUCGUGCAUCACGGGUGGGGGCUCGGGAGGGGGGACCCUAUUUGUUUUUGUUUUUUUUUAACAGUGAGCAGCCACAGGCCCCUGUUAAAAUUUACUAAUACUUAGUAUUAGUAAAUUUGUCUGAAAGACCAAUUUAGGUCUUUCUGCCUUUUGGUAGAUAACUCCCUAAUACCAUGGGAAUUAGGGAGUUAUCUACUAAGCGGCUGCAAGAGAAGUCCCGAAGUCCCAAAAUGCAGCAGUUCCGAAAUUCCGAAGUUCCGAAAUGUCGAAGUGCUGAAGUGCCGAAGUUUCCGAAGUGUCAAAGUUCAGAAGUGCUGAAGUGCCGAAGUUCCAAAGUGUUAAAGUGCCGAAUUGCCGAAGUCCCGAAUUUCAGAAUGCCGAACCGAACAUUUUCCCCAUGCACAUGCCUACUAUCUGGAUAUAUACUGGAAUGUUUGGCUCUAAACAAGGUCAACAAGUCAAUAAGAACCUUCAUCAAGAACUCGAUGGGUAACUGGAGAACAACUCUAGAAGCAAAAUCAAGUAUAAUUACACAUCAAACAUCAAAUGUGACAUGUACAAAGUCGACACUUUUGUGAAUAGGCCUCAACCUCUUCAGCCAGAUCAUCAUGAAGAGUGGAUACGGAUACAGGUUCAAGAAUUGAGCGACCAUCAGCUACCUCUUCUACAUGGAUGACAUCAAGUCAUAUGUCAAAAGUGAGCGUGACAUCGACUCACUGAUCUGCCAAAGUAGGAUAUACAGCAGGGACAUUGGAAUUGCAAACUGAAGGAGUUGAAGUGCCAGAUAGCAAAAUUAGAGAUGUUAAAAAAUGCUACAAGUACCUGAGAAUACCACAAACAUAUGGUAACCAUAAGGAGGAUGCAAAGAGGAUAGCAACAUCCGAGUACUUCCAGAGAGUCAGACAGGUCCUGAAGUCCCACUUCAAUGGCAAGUACAAGCCUUUCCAUGGAAUGAAUUAUUGAUAUAUAGUGGAUAUGGCUUACAUUAUGAAAUCUUAAUAAUACAGUGGGACCUCAGUUUACAAACGCCUCGGUUAACAUAAUUUUCGGUUUACAAAUAAAAAUAAAUUGAAAAUAAUGCCUCAGUUUACAAUUUUUUUUCGCAAUACAAAGCAGGUUUCCCCAGGAUGCAUUGCACCUGGGAGGUUUAUAGCACAGCCCCCUGCAUGCUGGAGCCUGUGGGUAGCACAUGGUGUUGAGUGUGGAUGUGUUAGAGCGACUUUUGCAUCGAGUUUUGGAGCCAUUCUUGAAAUUGUUUUCAAUUGUUUUGGGACUUUUUGGUGCAUUUUUCAAGCUAUGGAAAGGUAGGGAGCUGAGCUUCAUCGUUUGCAUGCCUUUUAUUGUGUGUUCUGCAUUGUGGGUUGGUUUCUAUGCCAGCUCAUUUUUACUUUUUUCUCACCUCCAGAACAGAUUAAUUCAUUUUCAAUGCAUUCCUAUGGGAAACCGCAUUUCGGUUUCCAAAUGUUUCGCAACACGAAACGUCCCGGAGAACACAUUAAGUUCGUAAACUGAGGUCCCACUGUAGUUGAAAAUUGUAAGACUGAAAGUGAGUCUGAGGCACUAUCCUAGCAGCUCAGGAACUCAGCACCAGAUCACUAGAAGAGACUGUCUACCACACCAGACAAGACUGUAGACUGCACAUAGAGGCCUCAGAGACAAUCCAGAUACUUCCAGACUUUGAGAUUCAGACACUCGUGUGAGACUUCCAGGUGCAAAAAGACAAGCAAGUACUGGCCAACCAACCUGACAUUAUGGUUGUAGAAAGGAAUAGAAAACAGCAGAAGUGGUGGCUAUGGCAAUACCCAGUGACUAUAGGAUUUGGAAGAGCGAACAUGAGAAAAUGGACAAAUACCAGUAACAUUUCAGUAACCGAAGUAGAAGUGGUUGUAUUUUAGCAUGCUUUUAUAUCUCUAUUUUAUAUGACUUAUAUGAUUACCUUUAGGCUCUAUUUAGUCUAGUUGGAAGUUAGCGAAUGUUGUGCCCAUUUACAAGAAAGGUAAUAGGGAGGAGUCGGGCAACUAUAGCCCAGUAAGCCUUACUUCAGUAGUGGGGAAAGUGAUGGAAACCAUAUUAAAGGAUAGGAUUGUUGAACAUCUAAAAACACAUGGAUUUCAAGAUCAGAGACAACAUGGGUUUACUUCAGGGAGAUCAUGCCAAACUAAUCUUAUGAUUUUUUUGAUUGGGUAACUAAAAUUAUAGAUCAGGGUGGUGCAGUAGACAUUGCUUACCUAGAUUUCAGUAAGGCUUUUGACACUGUUGCACAUAGAAGGCUUAUCAAUAAACUGCAAUCUUUAAGUUUGGAUUCCAAUAUUGUUGAAUGGGUAAGGCAGUGGCUGAGUGACAGGCAACAGAGGGUUGUAGUUAAUGGACUAUAUUCGAAGCUUGGACUUGUCACCAGUGGGGUACCUCAGGGAUCUGUACUUGGACCCAUUCUCUUUAAUAUUUUUAUUAGUGAUAUUGCAGAAGGUCUUGAUGGUAAGGUAUGUCUUUUUGCUGAUGAUACUAAGAUAUGUAACAGGGUUGAUGUUCCAGGAGGGAUAAGCCAAAUGACAAAUGAUUUAGGUAAACUUGAAAAAUGGUCAGAAUUGUGGCAACUGACAUUUAAUGUGGAUAAGUGCAAGAUAAUGCAUCUUGGACGUAAAAACCCAAAGGCAGAGUACAGAAUAUUUAAUAGAGUCCUCACCUCAACAAUUGAGGAAGGGGAUUUAGGGGUGAUUAUUUCUGAUGACUUAAAGGUAGGCAGACAAUGUAAUAGAGCAGCAGGAAAUGCUAGCAGAAUGCUUGGUUGUAUAGGGAGAGGUAUUAGCAGUAGAAAGAGGGAAGUGCUCAUGCCAUUGUACAGAACACUGGUGAGACCUCACUUGGAGUAUUGUACACAGUACUGGAGACCGUAUCUUCAGAAGGAUAUUGAUACCUUAGAGAGGGUUCAGAGAAGGGCUACUAAACUGGUUCAUGGAUUGCGGGAUAAAACUUACCAGGAAAGGUUAAAGGAUCUUAACAUGUAUAGCUUGGAGGAAAGACGAGACAGGGGGGAUAUGAUAGAAACAUUUAAAUAUAUAAAGGGAAUCAACACAGUAAAGGAGGAGACUAUAUUUAAAAGAAGAAAAACUACCACAACAAGAGGACAUAGUCUUAAAUUAGAGGGACAAAGGUUUAAAAAUAAUAUCAGGAAGUAUUACUUUACUGAGAGGGUAGUGGAUGCAUGGAAUAGCCUUCCAGCUGAGGUGGUAGAGGUUAACACAGUGAGGGAGUUUAAGCAUGCGUGGGAUAGGCAUAAGGCUAUCCUAACUAUAAGAUAAGACUAGGGGACAAAUUAGAGUAUUUAGAAAAUUGGGCAGACUAGAUGGGCCGAAUGGUUCUUAUCUGCCGUCACAUUCUAUGUUUCUAUGUUUCUAGUUUUCUCCUGGUAUAUUGUAUGUCAUUUAAAUGAACCUUUUAAUCGUUAAGGUAUCAGCCGUGUUACAACUAUGAGGAUCGUUUUUAAGUCCAUCUUACCUUUUUCUCCAUGUGACAUAUUAUUACCCAUCGUGGUUAAGUAGGCUACAGCUUUCAUUGGCAGAGGUUCUAGUCUGUCUUUCUGAUUACCUAUCUUUUCUACCUUAUUACUUGAGAUGACUGAUUCAUAUACCCUUGAGUGUAAAAGCUUAUACAACUUUAGGAUUCGAUUUUCUCGUGUUAUUAGUCACAUUAACCUCUCAUUUCUAGCUGUAGGGAUUAGACGACUAUAAUUAGCCAGGAAACAUUAUAUUCCGGACACAUUUUCUGUCCUUUGCUGCAUUUCUUCUCACAUUUGGAGUGCUUUAGAAAUGUUAUUAAGGAGUCAAUAUAUUUCUUUAUACCAUUCAUUUUAUUGAUCAACUUUACACUAUUUGCUCUUUAGCUCGUAAGGGUGAAUUUAGAGGUGAAUUGUAUUUGCUUUGAAAACUCACUCUGUUCACUAAGAGUUUGGUGUUCAAAUAGAAUAAUUCACCUCUGUGAGAUUUUCUCUGUGGCCUAUAUUCUUUAAUAAAACCAUUUCUGAAAAAUUCCAUAUCAAGAUUAUUAGCUGCAGCUCUCUGAGCUGUUGAAACAGGAACAAUUUGUUACUGUACAAAUAUGAAUGUGGGAAUUAUGUACAUUUUUUGUUUCAUAAUUAUUUCAGUACCAAUAUGUAGAUUUCACUAGGCUUGAUUGUACUUCGAAUGCUCAAAGCUCCAGUGUAUUCAUACUCUUCUGUCACUUGCCUGCUCAGUCCCCCAAUUUAUGUAGAUCUUUUUCUAGGAAAGUUAUAUCACGUUCAGACUAUAUUACUUUACGUAGUUAUCUGUAAUCUGCAAACAUUACUUUCUAUGUCCACUUCGAAAUUAUUUAUAAUCAGAUUAAAGAGGGUUAGUUCUAGUCUUAAUGUUAGGGUUAGUGUAGGGGUUAAUGGCUAGUGUUAGGGUUCUGUAGGGGUGAAUUGUUUGUGUAGUGUAGGGAUAAAGCAAACAUUUAGGUACCAUAACCACAUCAAUGGAUUGAAGUUACUAUAGUGCCUGGAUGUUGCUGAUGCCGGGUACUGCAUCACUACUACACAGUUUACUCACAGUCACCAGCAGUCUGAACCGUGAACUCCAAUGAAGAUAUGGUAGAGGUGGAAUUAAACAAUCCACCUUGCACCCUGCCAAUUCAUACCUGGGAUUGCGGCAGGGAUUGUUUCAAGGAAAUUCUACUAAAUUGUGAGUACACGUUUAGUUAUGAUGUGGGACCCAGUACACAUGGACUCCAGGCAUUAUGAUCACUACAAUCCAUUAAAGUGGUUAUUCUACCCACAGUGUUCCUUUAAUAUUUAGUGUUAGCACAGUGUAUGGGAUAAUGUUUAGUUAUGGUGUAGUGUAGGGGUUAAAGUUUGAUGAUAGUAUUAUUAUUAUAAUGGGUAUUUUCUUUUUGUUGCCUUUUCUUUCCCUGAACUUAAAAGCUAAAAUUUCGCCUUUUUAGUUACAUUUUGUUUUAUAUGAAGUUAAUUUUUGUUAUUGAUUUGUUAACAUGCUAAAUACAUUUUGGAAAGGUUUCCAGGAAAUAAUCCUUAAUCCGUGUGUAUGCAAUUUAUGGCGCUUAACAUGUAAAAUACAGAACUAGUUUUUGAUGACCUUUUGAUGAGUUAACUCUGGACACAUUUUAGAAGCCAUGAUUAGAAAAUAUAUUUAGUGGACAUGGUUAUUGGGAAUGGGCAGAGGGCAUAGUUAGGGGGAUGGAUAGAUCGCAUGCUUAGAGAAUAUGGAGGGCAUUUUUAGAGGUGAUGGUUGAGGGAUGUUUAGAGGGAACGGUUAGAGGUCGGAGGAAUGUUUAUAAGGUAUAGUUAGAGGGCAUGGUUAGGGUAAAUGGUUAGAGAGCAUGGUUAUAUGAUAUUAUUAGAGGGAAUGGUGAGUGAGCAUGGAGGUCAUGUUUUUGUAGAAUAGUUAGAGGGCAUGGUUAGUGAGGAUGGUUCGAUGGCAUGGUUAGAGGAAUGGUAAGAAGGCUUAGUUAGAGGACAUGUUUUGGGGGAGAGAGGGCAUGGUUAGGGUGUUUGGUAAGAUGGCUAGAUGGCAUAGUUUCGGGGGAUGAUUAAAGGGCAUGGCUUUGGGGAAUUGUAAGAGAAAUUACUUCUCUUACUUCUUCAUGAAGUUUUUCUUUAAAUGCUCAUUAUCUUUUUUAUGGCUCUCCUUUUUUAUUGGUUUCUCUUUUUCACCCAGUAUCUUGAUGGAUCUACUGUCAGCAAUGUACAGAGUCCCAAAAUGCAAAUCUAUGACUGCAGGAAAAAAAUAAUGAAUUACCGGUCCUUAGAGGUGGCUGGGUUUAAUGUAUAAGACAGAUAUAGAAUAGUCAAUAAACUAAUCAAAGGACUACAGACAUAAGAACAAGCCAAGCUCAAGACAGGAAAGUCAAAAUACAAGCCACGGUCAAAACCAGAUAAAUCAGAAACACACAGGAAAGCACUUAGAGAAGUAUCACUGGAUUAUUUUUUACGCCAGUGUAAUGCAUGGCUUGGAUUCAGAGAAGAACUUGUGUCGAUUUAGGUGUGUGUAGUUUUAUUAUCUUGUUGCUGGUGACGGAAUCCUUUGUCUAUCUUGGCAUGUGAAUUGCCCAUGGUGUUGGUAGAAUGUCACUGGAUAGGGAUCCUGCGUCAAUAUUGAUACAGAAAUGGUGCACAGUACUGUUUGCCAACAACACCAUCUAGAGGUGGGAACCCUGACAUCUAUCUCUUAUUUUAAUAUUAAUCUCCCAUCUUUCUGCAUCAUUAAAAUGUCUUGAAUACUCUUUAUAUUUUCUCACUGCUUUCCCUACCUCUCUUCCAUUCCUCUCCACACCACAGUUGAUGGUCUGUUUAUCUCUAUUCAUUGAUCUCUCUUUUACCCUCUCUUUAGACCUCCCCUUAGUCUUUACAGUCUCUCAUUCUCUCUUUUUUUUCUUCGAAUUCCCUAUAGAUUUUCAAUAUAAAGCCUACAGAGACAAGAUAUGAAUGGUGUGUAUUUCUAGGUUUACAUUUUUAGGUUAUCAUUAUUAUGAAGCCUGUGCCAGGUUAUUGAAUCUUUUUUUCUUUUUCUUUUUUAAUAUUUAAUUCCAAAUCAGCAUUCAUUUAUUUUUAAAAGAAUCUAAAUAAAAGCAGGGCAUAAAAUGUAGAGUCUUACAUUACUAGGCAGGCUUUAAGGCUACUCACCACUGCACACCUGGAGGGGUUAUGGAGCUUUGAUCAGGGGUGGUGAAUGUUUACUCUCUAGGGCGGAAUGUUCACUAACCAAUGGCUAGAAGGUUCGCUCCAUUGUGAGCCUGCAUUACUGUGAUUCUCUGUUCUGGGGCAGAACUACUCCUUUUGCACUUUGCUAGGAAAGGGCUGGGAAUGUCAAUACAGAUACAUAAUCAAAUUAGGAACUUAAUUAUUUAUUAUAACAUAAUAAUUGAUGCUGACAAUUUCACCUCUUAUGUAAAAACUAAACUAUCUGUUAUAACAAGAAAAUAAGAGUUCCUGGAUAUAGACUCUACUGAUGAGGUAAAAACAUACACAAAUGUGUAAAAAUGCUAAUUCAACUGAUAAGGAGCUUGUAUGCAAACCAUGUAUAACAGGAGUCCUAUAUGCUCCUCAGUUGCUUGGGUGGUAUACUGUUGGCCAUCAGCUAACGAGGAGUUUACAUGUGUCUAUAUACUGAAAACCCUAACAACGUCUGCAUAAAUAGUACACUUACAGUAGUUAUAUUUAACUAUGAUAUGUAUUCAUUCUUUAUACCAUCAUUUAAGUGGUUCUUUUCUUACUUGAUUUACUUCACUUUAUUUACUUAUAUCACUUAGAGAAUGUGAAAAAAUAGGCUUGUCCUUUCUUAUGCUCAUGUGAUUGUGUCUCACUUCACAGAUGAUCUUUCCAGCUCUGGUGUUUCUUGGUCUGAAAAAUAAUGACUGCUGUGGAUGUUGUGGGAAUGAAAACUGUGGGAAGAGAUUUGCUGUAAGUAAAAGAUAUUGCCAAGUAUUGUAUAUGAUAAUUACAUUUCGCAUUUUUGGGGGAUGUCUGAUUAUAUUUUAGUGAUGGUUCUGCUACACUCUGUUUAGUGUGUGCUAGAACCAUGAUCUUCAAACAGCCAGUAUGCAAUAGGUUUUACCAGACAAUUGACACCUUAAAGGACCACUCUAGGCACCCAGACCACUUCAGCUUAAUGAAGUGGUCUGGGUGCCAGGUCCAGCUAGGGUUAACCCAUUUUUUCAUAAACAUAGCAGUUUCAGAGAAACUGCUAUGUUUAUGAAUGGGUUAAGCCUUCCCCUAUUUCCUCUAGCGGCUGUCUCAUUGACAGCCGCUAGAGGCGCUUGCGUGCUACUCACUGUGAUUUUCACAGUGAGAGCACGCCAGCGUCCAUAGGAAAGCAUUAUGAAUGCUUUCCUAUGUGACCGGCUGAAUGCGCGCGCAGCUCUUGCCGCGCGUGCGCAUUCAGCUGACGGGGAGGAGAGAAGGAGGAUCGGAGGAGGAGAGCUCUCCGCCCAGCGCUGGAAAAAGGUAAGUUUAAACCCCUUUCCCCCUUCCAGAGCCGGGCGGGAGGGGGACCUUGAGGGUGGGGGCACCCUCAGGGCACUAUAGUGCCAGGAAAACAAGUAUGUUUUCCUGGCACUAUAGUGGUCCUUUAAUCCACUAAUAGUUUAAUGAUCAGACACAACAUUAAAACUACUGCCAGAUCAAGUGUAUAAUAUUAAUUAUAUCAUUACAAUGGCAUCUGUCAGGGGGUGGGCUAUUUUAGGCAGCUAACAUGUUGGAAGCAGGACAAAUUGGCAGGCAAAAAGAUCUGAGUGAUCUUAACAAGGACAAAAUAAUGAUGGCUAGAUGACUGGAUCAGAGCAUCUCCAAAACAGCAAGUUUUAUGGGAUGUUCCCGAAACGCACUGGUUAGUACCUACAUAAAGUGUUGCAAGGAAGAUUUAUCAGUGAACCGGCAUCAGGGUCAUGUGCAUCCAAGGGCCAUUUAUGCACCAGAAUAGCAAAGGCUAGCCUGUCUGGUCCCAUCACACAGAAGACCUACUGUAGCUCAAAUUAAUGAAAAACUGAAUGCUGGCCAUGAUAGAAAAGAUCAGAACACAAAGUGCAUCGCAGUUUGCUGCAGACCGAUCCGAGUGCCCACGAUGACUCCUGUCCACCGCCAAAAAGUCCUUCAAUGAGGACUUAAGCAUCAGAACUGGACCAUAGAGCAAUGGAAGAAGAUUGUCCAGUCUGAUGAAUCACGUUUUCAUUUUAGAUCGGGUGGAUGGCCAGGUAAGCAUGUGCCGUUUACCUGUGGAAGAGAUGCAUCAGGAUGCACAAUGGGAAAAAGACAGGUUGGUGGAGGCAGACUUAUGCUCUGGGAAAUGUUCUGUUGGGAAACCUUGGGUCCUGGCAUUAAUGUGGAUUUUACUUUGACAUGUACCAGCUACCUGGAGAUUUCUGCAGACUACGUACACUGCUUCAGGACGAUGGUGUUCACAGAUGGCAGUGGCCUCUUUCAGCAAGAUAAUGCACCAUACCACACUGCAAACAUUGUUCAGGAAUGGUUUGAAAAACAUGACAAAGAGUUAAACGUGUCACUUGGACCUCUUAAUUCCUUAUAUCUCAAUCCAAUUCAUCAUAUGUGGGAUGAGCUAGAACAACAAAUCCGAGACUCCAUCUCACUACUUGCAGGACUUAAACACAUUCUACAUACAUAAAGCACUUUAGCUGUUUGGAGAGUUCCUUUAGCAGAGUUUACUCAAUGGUGGGCUUCAAAUGUGGAUGUCUAAAACAUAGUUGCAUGGACUUCAGUUGCAUGGACUUAAAUCUUAUCCAGCAGCUGACUAAUUCUGUAAUCCAGUAAACAGAAAUCUUCAUUAACCGUGUGCCUCCAGCAGUGGUUGGAUUGCAACACCCAUCAUGUUCAGUUAGCUAAAUUUGCAUACUAGUAUAGGCACACUAAGUCUAAAGUAUUUGUUAUCCCUUUUUGAGUUCAAAGUUUCUUUAAAGUGUUCUGUGCUCUCUCUUCUUCUUGCAGAUGUUUUCUUCUUUAUUAUUUGCAGCCAUUGGAUUUGUUGGUGCUGGCUACAGCUUUAUAAUUGCAGUAGUUGGAAUUCAUAAAGGUCCAAAAUGUGACAUUGGAUAUGGAAACUGGACAUAUGCUUUCAAUGACGGGUAUGUGAUUUGAUGGUUUUUUUAUAGCUUAACCUGUGUUUAGAAAUCACUAUCCUAUUAAAAAAAAAAAAAAAGACCAAUUUGUGGCUCCUUAGUUGAACUACAACCAGGUUAUUGUGAAAAAUAUUUAAAUUACUUUAUAUUAUUAUUAUUAAUAUAUUGAUUUUUUUCUGUAUAUAUGAUAUAUGCGUUAGUGCUCUAAUAUACUGAGAAAGUAAUUUAAAGCGUUUAAAAAUGUUAAAUCAUUUGGAAAGCUUACAAUACCACAAUAUUAAACUGACAUCAAAGUUUUAUCUGUACAGAUUCAUAAAUGUUUAGAUAAUUUUCAAAGCAUGUAAAGUAAAAUUUAAGAAGAUCAUCCAUAAAUAGCAUUUCAUUUAAUCCAAAUGGCAAUUUUUACAAAUUUGGGACAAUCGGAUGUUUGGACAAAAUUUCUAUCUCCAAAGUUCCUUGCAAGAGUGCAACCGAAAAAACGAUGGACGAGCAUGUUGGGUUGCUUCAGGAUUUGGAGUUAGUUUGACAACACAAAGUUGCCCGAUGAUGUGGUCUACAUCUCCUGUCCAAUCAAGAAGUCGAAAAAUAGAUCACUGAUGGUUAGGGGGCAGCCAUUUAAUGUUGAUGUUAUUCACAGAUCAAGUUAGAAGUGACAAAUAGAGGGGGGGAAGAAAGGACAGACUAUUUAUUACACUGGCUGUGCUUGUGUGGGAACGGGAGAUAAACUUGUCAUUUAUCCUGAUUGGAUUUAGGUUACUGCUGUAUUUACUUAGCUACUGCAAGUUUCUAUUACAACAACUUUGAGUGAGAGAUAGCCUAGGUCAUUGAUCCUAGUGUGAGACUGGUUAGGUUUAGAUUACUGUUGUUCCAAUCUAUGUACUGAUAGUUUCACGUUUGAUAACUUUUAGUAGAAGAAAGCCUGGGUCCUUGAUCUUACUGUUAGUCUGGCUUAGCUACUGCUAUGACUAGCAAGUGCCAGAUGCACAGUGAAAUUUACGCAAACAUCAAGUUUAUAACACUGUUUAAUAACACUGUAAUUAUUCCUAUUGUGAGACUGGUGGUUAGGUUACUGUUGUAACUAGCCACUGCUACUUACACCAAUUUUAAUUCACUGAUUUUGAGUUUGGCAGUUCUUUUUUUCUUAACUGUUUGUAGAAAGAAUUAUUUUUGUUUAGAGUGUGUUUAGUCCAGUCUACGCUGUGCAAGUGUGUAAGCACUGUGCAGUGCAUGGUGUGCUGUGUAUUAUGUAGUGUUUCUUUAACGAAAAUGUAAUCAUGCACUCAAACUCCCACUUUACUCCUGAGCAACAUUAAUGGCCAAAGUAUUCAUCAGUCAAAUAUACUUAAAACAAAAACAGAGAUAACUUAUUUUUUUUUAGUGUUUCUUGAAGCCAAAGACAAUAAUGUUACAAUGCUAGUAAAUCCAACAAGCAGCAACUAAUUUUUCAACACAAACAUCUAUUUGGGAUUGGAAAGUUGCAUUACUUUACACAACACACAAUAAACAUUUAUAUCCCAAUAUAUGUUAAUAAUAAUAAAAAUAAACCCACCAUUAUCAAUGUUAUGUCAUAAUCCCAAGAAGAAAUUGAGGGAGGAUACAGGUCAUGUUCCCCAAUCACAAAAACAGCAGCAGUUCCAGGGCUAAUUAGAGUCUUAACACGUUUUCCUCAUCCACAAAGAGUGUGAUACCUCUGCCACUGCAGCCACUACCACCACUGCCACCACCACUAUUAGUAGUAUUCAGCAUUAGGUUAGUGGGAAUAACAUAACAAUAGGUUUAAAAAAAGGUAAAAAAUUAAGAAAAAAAAUGCUCCAAUCACCUAGUGUAGGUCACCCAAACCACACAAAAUACAGUACUUAAAAGUGAAUAAAAAGUUGGUGAGAGCACACUAAAAAUGCAUGAAAUACCACACAUGCAAUUUACCAUCAAAUAGGAUAAAACCUAAAGAAACAAAUCAUAGUGACAUCUGCAUAGAAUACUUUAAAACAGAUUAAAACAAAUUGUCCCACUCACGUGGUACUGAGCCAUUUGUAUCUUGGGAUAUAUAUAGUUGGUUGCUGAGAUCAAGUACUGGAAUCGGGUACUGGAAUAUUCCACUGGAUUCUAAAAUUUGCAAGGAAACGAGCAGAGGAAAGAGACCACUGCUAGCAGGGAAUGCUCUGAAACAAAAAAGGAUAAAUGGCAAAGGAACCAUUCCUGUGCAAAAUUUAUCCUUUUUUGUUUCAGACUGACAUAUCUAACCAGAUUAAACAUUUAUUGACUGAUGGGUAAAUUGUGCCCUUAUUCCAGUUUUCUAUUAUCCUACAUGGUAUUCAACAGUCAGAGUAUUGAAGAGUCCACCUCUUUUGAAGUUGACAGUUGCCAUCCACCCUUCCUGUGUACCCCUGCCAUUGACAGCAAGGACAGUGUACUUAUUGUCGUCUCUAGCCAGAAUUACUGAUACUGGGCUAGCAUUAUCAAUAUUUGCAUAUCUGGUAACGAUGGAAAAGAUGAAAGUCCAUCAGAUUCAACCUUUGAUAAUUGGCUGAAAGAAAAGCAAACAAAAAGCUAUUUAAAAUCCAUCCCAAUGUUGACUGUAGGAAAAUCCGACUCCUGUCCACCUGCAUUAAAAUUAGUCUUAAUUGGAUAAUUCCAUUGCUAUUCAUUGAUAUAUUAGAUUUGUCUUUUGAUGCUGUGCAUGCUAAUUAUGCAGAGUAGCCCAGCAGGGAACCUGGGGUCAGUAUUUUUAUAACGACACACAAAAUGCAGACAGUUUUUAAUUACGAUGUUUUUAACACAAAAAAUGUCUUGACAUGUAAAGUCCAGCUUUUUUGGUUUGCCUUCAAUUAAUUCAGUUACAAAGAUUUUUUUUUCAAUUGUUUUUACUUUUUUUCUCUAAUCUCAGGUAUCUUCUAUUAUUAAAUUAUGUUUCCUUCCAUCCAAAUUUUGACACACUUCCUUUCAGACUAAAAACAUUGGGUUUGUUUUGUCUGUUUGCAUUUAUUAUUUAGGAACAAUUAAUGUUUGUUGUGCUUGUUCACCAACAAUAAAUGCUAUGAACACACAAUUCUAUACACGACUGAACAGAACAUAGGAAGAUUUACUGUUUCUGCAGUAAAAUUAUGUCAUACAAGUCCAUGUAUGACAGUACGUCCUCUGUCCUAUUAUUGAUUAAUGCUUGGCACAGGAUUUACACUAAAGUGUGAAAUGUCUAGAAAUCAAAGUGAAUUAAAAAUUCAAAUAAUUUCCAAAAUAGACAAGUUGAAAACAUAGCUGAUUCUUUUUUUUUUUUUUAUCAUUGAGUGAUUUUGGCCUAAAUUAAUUCCUGACAAUUCACAAUUUAGUAUUUGAACCUGUGAUUUUUAAGGCCUUGUGAUGUAAAUACUUAUGUCAGUGUUAAUGUAUUGAACUUAAAGAGUAUGUCUCUAUGAAAUGCAGCCCAUACCGAUAUUAACCCCUUAGCUGAUGUGUCUGGUGAAGCAGGAUGUCAGUGGAUGGGGUAAAAGGGUGGGCCACUGAUGUAAAUCAUGUAACAAGAACAGCACAAAGGGUCAAACAUGUCCAAAAAGGCAGCACAUCAGGCUGCCUGCCAAUCAUGCAGGAUGACCAACCAAGGGCAUACUGUGCAGACAGCACCCUGAACUUGGCAUAAAUGCAUCUAAUGAUGCGCUAGCUCUAAGCUUUUUAAGGACUGUCCCCUAGCACUCUCUAGUCCACUCCUCUCCUACCCUUCUUACUAGCAAGCAGAAGCUCCUGUUAUAUGGUCUGGGACAGAGGAAAUGUGUAUGUAGUGAGUGUAGAGGAAAGGGGACAUGCCACAGUGUUACAGAGACAAAAGCAGCAAGAGCCUUUGCUUAGUGCGCAAAGUCAAUUUUAAUUAAUUGAAUUGUCAGCCAGUCCACACCAGUUUUAAAACCUGUGCUAUAGACCAGGAAGUGCCCUCUAGUGGCUGUCUAGUAGACAGCCACUAGAGGAGGAGUUAACCCUGCAAUGUAAUUAUUGCAGUUUAUGAAAACUGCAAUAUUUACAGUUGCAGGAUUAAGGGUAGUGGGAGUUGGCACCCAGACCACUCCAGACCACUCCAGUGGGCAGAAGUGGUCUGGGUGCCUGGAGUGUCCCUUUAAACUAGAGCAUGUGAAGAGUAGUAAAAAAAAAAAAAAUAUAUAUAUAUAUAUAUAUAUAUAUACACACAACUUUUUAAAUCAAUUGACCUGGACCUCCAGCUCCAUCAGCCCCUAUGUUAAUCCGGCCCUGAGUUUCAUGCUUUAUUAUUUUUUUGUUUUACAUUUUGGGAGGAUCAGCCACCUCACAAAGGAUUAAUACGAAAACAGUUUUUUUGGUUAGAGUAACCGUUUAAGUCUGUUGACUAACUUGGGCUAUGUAUACUGCUGGUGUGAAUAUAUAACUUUUAAAUAUUAAUGCAGAUCCACUUACUUUUCUAUAAGUCUCCAUCAUGCUAAUGUUUUGUUAACAUAUGUGGCUUGUUUAGGGGUUAGUUUGAGAUUAGUAAUGUUUUAAUCAAAUGUAUGACUUGGCCCUUACUCACUGUGAAUAGCUUUUAUAGUUUUAUAUCUAAGAAGACUGCAAAGCCACAGUAACUGAAGAUUAUUAGGCUAAAGAUAAACAGUGUGGUAGUACAGAUUGCAAUUUCUAAACUUCUUAAAUCUUGGCAUACGUCAAUCAAAUUUUUUAUUGAGUGAUACAGAGACAUUACAAGCAAAAGAAAACAGUGUACAAUAACCUCUGAGCAAAUAUAUGAACAAGAAUGUAGAAGUUAGUGUACGGCUCAUUUGCCACUCAUUUUUUAAAAUAACAGCAGAAGGUAAAAUAACAGACAUGCAAAGUGCAAGGGCUCAGGCAUUAAAUCCAUAAACUAUGUUCCUCAGUAUGCACUGUGAGAGAAUAUAUAGGCAAUAGGUUAUAAACAAAGCAACUCUACUCUACUAAACUAAGUCAAUAUCUAGGUAAACAUUAAGAGAGUGGUGGACUGCAAGAAAAUACAAUAUAUACAAUGUAUAUAAGCACUGGGUUGCUCGAUUACAGUGCAGCAUAUAAGAACAAACAGAAAUAAAAUUAAUAGGAACGCACUUCAGGCCCAUAUCAUUAUAACACAUUACAUCAUCAUCAGUUGCAGUGAAUGUGCACUUUGCUCACAGGACUGCUCAGCCAAUGUCUGUGGAUGGGAGGCUACGGGCACAACACUGCUUGAGUCCACCCAGUCAUGGAUGGGCACACCACCAGCUCCAAAUGCCAAUAUGAUCCUGCUUUGUGCCUCUAUGAAGUCAGCAAUGACCAGUUUCUUGAACAGGCGUUCGGCCUCACUGAGCGGGACCCCGUGACUAAGCGGAUUGAGUGUGCAGAUUAGGCCUCCUCCAGAGCGCCGAUGUGAAGAUAAAUGUAGGUUGCGCCCCCAGCAGCUCCCGUGCUCUUCUUUCCACCGCCUGUGCCAUGCACAAGGCCACAAUGGGAACCUCACUGGGACACAUCCUCCAAGGGACUUGAUCUGGACUGCCAUGCCCUGACACAUAGGUAUAGUAUUCACUUUUUCACUUUGCGAUUACUGAUCUUGUUCAAGAAUAUGUGUCGGGAUCCCGCGGGCGGCUGCGAGAGGAGGCUGCACUCCGCUCGCGGUACUCACCCUCCAGCCGCGGUCCCCUCCUCCUCGUGGGCUCAGCGAGCGGCAUCCUUCCAGCCUCGGAUGCCGCCCGCCGUUUCCUCCACGUCCCCCAGCGGCAGCAUACAUGACGCUGCAUGCUGGGAGACCGCCCAAGUUAGUACACGCCGGGGUCAGUCACCUGACCCGGCGUUAAAGGCACAGUGUCUCAAUCACAGUGGGAGGUCUAGAUAUCUCCCACGUGUGAUUGUUAAUUCUGAUUGGAAAUUAUCCAAUCAGAAUUAACCUUAUGGUUUAAAUACUUACCUUUCCUGUUCCUCCCUGCCCUGUUGAGGUCUUUGCUUACUUGUAUUGCUACUUACCUUGUGUUUCUGGUUAGGUACUCUCUGGCUUGUUUAUCUGACGCUGUGACUUUCUCCUACCCUUUGACCUCGGCUCGUUUCACGUUAUUCUGUCUUCUGGUUCCCCUUACUCGGCUUGUCUCCUGACUAUUCUGUGUGUGCUUAGCCCGGCCACUCUAAGGUCCGGUACGGCCCCUUUUCUGUGUGUGUGUGUGCCAGCGUGUUGGGUUCCCCGAAUCGUGACAAUAUGGAGCACAGGUCCCCCUCUGUCAGUCCUUACAUUGGCUUCCAGUUAGAUAUAGGGCUCAAUUUAACAUUCUGGUGCUUGCUUACAAGUUCCAACAUAAUGCUGCUCCAACCUACCUAUUCUCCCUAAUACACAAGUAUGUCCCGUAGAGGCCCCUGUGCUCUGCCAAUGACCUACAUCUAUCCUCUGUCCGUACUCCCACAUCUGAUGCUCGCCUCCAAGACUUCUCCAGGGAGGCACCUUUUCUGUGGAACUCCCUUCCCUUCUCCGUUAGACUUUCACUUAGUCUCCAGUCCUUCAAAAAAUCUUUGAAAACACAGCUCUUCAGGAGAGCAUAUCAUUUGAAACUGUUAGCGGGUUUUUAUUUUCCCCCACCCCCCCAUGACUCCUCUCCUGCAACUGUAAAAAAUAACUUAAGGUUUUCUAUCAACCUAUUUCAUGACCCCUACUUAUACCCUUUGUGUCACUAUACUCCACUCCCUCUAGCAUGCAAGCUCAUUGAGCAGGGCCCUCAACCCCUCUGUUCCUGUGCGUCCAUUUGUCUGGUUACAAUUACGCGUCUGUUAGUCCACCAAUUGUACAGCGCUAUGGAAUUUGCUGGCGCUAUAUAAAUAAUAAAAUAAUAAUAAUAAUAAUAAUAUACGUGGAUCCAGCUUGGCAGGUAUAAGUAGACAGGCACUUGGCAGGGCACACCAUUGGGGACCGGGAUAACCCUGCCAGUCCAAAGGAUGGGGGAGAGGGCCCAAGUUAGACUGGUACCAAUCUAGGGCAGAGGAUCGGCUGCAUUCUCUGCCCCAGAUGUCACCAUAGGCCUCAAGAAAGCCCGAUAAGGUCAGCAGCUGCCAGUACAAGUAAGGCUCAGGCUCUUCACUCGGCAGAGUAGUCCUCUAUUAAUAUAGUGAUUUUUAAGGCUAAGAAAGAAUGAUUUUGCAGAUUAAUCAGCAAUAUUCCAAGCUAAAACUGAGGAGUUUCAGCCAUUUGCGACCUACUCGGUUGGCUGUCAGGCUCUGCCCCCUAAAUCUAGGUAUAUGUAUAACUUUUAGAAAAUAUAUAAAACCUCUGAUAUUUAUCCUGACAGUACAAUAUAAUUUGCUUUAAUAAAACUUUCCAAUAGAGCCAAUACCUCACAAUAUAACACACUGUCACUUUAAAUAACAUCCAUUAAACAUCACCUAACGUUCCACAUUUAAAAAUGUAAAUAAUUGAAAUAGGCAGACAAGAUAAGAAAUUCUGCGUGGGCACGCGUCCACAGGUUUGCCAUCAAUGCAGAGUAGGCACCUGCCUGCCCAAAACCGCAGGCGCCUACUCUGCUUCCGUGUUGGGAGGCAGGGGGAGUGAUCUGUGAAGCAGCUCUCCUGUCCUCCCGCGAGCAAUCAGUAUGGAGCGUUGCCACGCGUUACCACGCGUUACCAAGGCAACGCUCCACACAGCAUCACGCAGGAGGACAGGAGAGCAGCUUCACAGAUGACUCCCACUGCCUCCCGACCUAGAAGCAGUACUUACCACCACCGGACCACCAGGGAUGGCUGUGUCCCCCCUCCUUCAUUAAAGGUAAGAAAGGGGGGGAUACUGAUUAAGCAUAUUUUUUUUUAAAACUCCUUUACCCCCCACACGCCCUACCCCCCCACACAGCACCCAUACCCCCCACAGCACCCCUAUCCUAUGUACCCCCCACACACAGCACCCCAACCCCCACACACACAUCCCUACCCCACACACAGCACCCUGUACCCCCACACACAGUACCCCUUUCCUCCCACACACACACACACACAGCACCCCCUACUCCUCACACACAGCACCCCUACCCCUACACACAGCACCCUGUACCCCCACACACACAGUACCCCCACACACAGCACCCCUACCCCCCACACACACACACAGCACCCCCUACCCCCACACACACACAGCACCUCUAACUCCCCUUACACACACACACAGCACCCCCUACCCCUACACACACACAGCACCCCUACCCCACACACACAGCACCCCUACCCUAACAAAUACACACACAUACACAGCACCCCUACCUCCCUACAAACACACACACAGUACCCCUACCACACACACACACUCUACCCCAACACAGCAGCACUCUACCUCUUACACAGCACCCCUCAAGCACCUUGGCUACAGGCACCCCACCCUCCCAGCACCCCUACCCCCACACACCCAGCAUCCCUCCCUCCCCACACCCGCUGUAUUCCCCACGUGAUCACCCCUACUCCCACACACAUCACUCCCACCCCACACACAGCACCCCCUACCCCCACACACACAGCACCCCUACCCCAACACAGCACACAUACAGCACCCCUACCCCCACAAACACAUACAGUACUCCUACCCCAAAUAUAGCAACCCUACCCCCACACAGCACCCCCCUGCCACCCACACAGCACCCUCCCACCUCCCAGCACCCCUACCCCCACACCUGUGCAUCCUCCCCUCUCCCCUACACUCAAGCAGUACCCCCACGCAUCACCCCUACCCCCACACACAUCACCCCAACCCCCCACACAGCACCUCUACCCCCCCUACACAUUGUGCACCCCUACCCCUCACACAUACAUAGUACCCCCAUACACACACACACCCUCACACACACACACAGCACCCUCAUACACACACACACAGCACCCCUCACACACACAUACAGUACCCCUCAUACACACACACACCCCUCACACACACACACAGCACCCCACAUACACACACAGCACCCCUCAUACACACACACACACACACACACACCUCACACAUACACAGCACCCCACACACACACACAGCAACCCUCAGACACACAGCACCCCUCCCACACACACAGCACCCCACACAAAAAAACACAUACACUGCACCCCUCAAUGCAGUAUGUGUUUGUAUUCAGCAGUCUGUGUGUGUAUGUAUUCAGCAGUCUCUCUGUGUGUGUGUGUGUGUGUGUGUGUGUGUGUGUAUUCAGCAGUCUGUGUGUGUGCGUGUAUUCAGCAGUCUGUUUGUUUGUAUUCAGUAGUGUGUGUAUUCAGCGGACUGUAUGUGUAUGUAUUCAGCAGUCUGUGUGUGUAUUCAUUAGUCUGUUUUCAGCAGUCUGUGUGUGUAUGUAUUGCAUUUGUGGGAGAUACUAAUAAAUAUAAGCUUAAUUUUAUCUAUUUAUAUCAUUAUUUAAAAUUUGUAUCAUUGAACUCUCUGUUGUUGUGUUCUUUUAAAACAAAAGUUGUUCAUUAGUUCGGACAACAGUACGAGUUGUUUUUUCUAAAAUUAAACCUCAGUAUUCAGGUUUAAUUGCCGUGUUGGCACUUUAAGUAAAAAAGUUGGCAUGUAUUGCGUUUUGGGCACUCGGGCUCAAAAAAGUUCGCCCUCACUGAGCUAAACAAACCAUAAAGCAACAGUACCAUAUAUGUGCUUGAAAGCCUGCGGGGUGUAGCAAGGUCAAUUUAUAAAAGUUUUACUUUCUAUUGAAAUCUAUGCUUUUUUUGUAAUAUGAUAAAAAGAGGACACACUCUCCACAUGUAAAGUACUUCAGCAAGAUAAAGUGCUUUAGGGGACUGCAGUGACCCUUUAAUGUAUCUAAUUGCAAUUUCUAGUUCUAGUUCUAAGUCUAGUUUGUACUUGGUGACAGUGUAGCCAGUUUAGUAAACAUCCCCAGCUAAUACGUCUUACAUCUGAGAAAUAUAGAGAUAUAGAUAGAAUGUUCCAAUUCUAAUUUUUGCUUGCCUGCUAUAUAAUGCAACUUGUGCUAACUGGUUUAUACGAAGCUUGGCUGCAAUAUAACUAAACACAAACAUAUCCAGUGAUAAGUAUUCAACAUUUUGGAUUAUAAUUCUUUAAUUGGCCAGCUUCAUAUUGCUUCAAGCAUGUUCCGGAGAAAAGAUAAUGUCAGGCACUCCCUUAGUCUGUAAUUUAGCCUUCUGUACAAUCAAUACCUGUCUUGCCUCCAUCUGCUCUCAUCUUGAGAUUAGAUUGGGACAAUUUUUCUGCCAUGAUUAAUACCUACAAUGGCAGCUGUGUAAAACACAAUCAUUAUUACGUCUUGAUUCAAACCACAAUUUUCUUUUACUUUUAAACUACAGUUAGGCUGCCCAUUUAUUCCUGUGACUAGGAGUUCUCACGAUAUUAUGAUGUUAUUAUUUACCAUUUCUGCUGUUAAAAUUUAUCCCCUUCUGCUUUUGGUUCAAUUAAUUAUUACCUUUAAUGGUAUAAUUGAGUUAUCAUAUCUAGUGCAAACAUUACUCAGUGGCUAUUCAGUCAUUCUCUCCAAACAACAUCUUUGUCAUAUGAUUAGGGCACUGCCCUAUAUUAUCACAUCUGUUCAACUUAAAUCACAUCAUGUUUUUAGGAAAAAAAAGUCAAAUUUUGUAGAGAUACUGUUUAUAUGAAAAUAGUCCUCCUAUUUUCUCUGUUUCUAAGCAUUUUCUUAACGUUUUGUAUUCAUUAGAACAUCGAUGUAUCGUGUAUUAUAUAAUAAUUUUAAAAGUUAUAUUACCUGCCAAAAAGGUAAUUUUAGUGACUACUACCGAAUGGAAAUACAAACAUAGGUAAAGCAAGGACAUGUCCAUUCCCAGAUGGUUUCAUAUAAUUACACAAUGGUGCCAUAAACUCAAUUCUCCUGUUUUAUUAUUCAUUGAUGUAAUUACAGCUUUUAUUUGAUCAAAGGGAUAUAAUAAUCUCCAGAGCUGGUCAGAGCACAGUAUAUAUAUUUAAUAACAUACUUUACCAACAUCACUCAUGUCCCAUUUUUCACUCUGUAUUGUGUACAGUAAAUAAUAGGGUUAUUCAUUAAAGAGUGAUUUGUUGUGACAAAUCAUUUCAAAUUUGAAAUCUAUUUUUAUUCCACUUUGAAUUCCUGAACAUUUAGUUAAAGGGUUAUUACAGGCACCAUUACCUUUUAGUGAUUUUAAGUGGUCAUGGUGUCCCAAGUCUGUCUCAUGCUGUAAACCUUGCUACAACAAAAGUACUGGAGCAUUGUAUACAUUUUCUUAUAUAUUAUAUUUUAGUAUAUGUUCUUUCAAAACUAUAUGUCUUUCUCCUCUGAUGUUUACAUAUGGAGCAUCUUCCACAGCUAAAAAAAAAACCUUGCAAGUCGAAUAAUCUAGGAAUUUUUUUAGUAUGUUUUUUUCAAAAGGCUGGGCACAAGUUGAUGUUUUAAAUUGUCUGCCUUUUAGUAGAGAGCUGUUGGUCGAUCUGGAAUGACUUGACCCAAUACUUCAUCCUUUUUUAGUAUAUGCCAAUGUCUCUUUAGGAUACUUUCUAUUUUUCUGGCUUGGGAAUUGUAUUUAGCUACAAAGGCAUAUGCAAAUUUCUUUACAUCUCUAUUUCUUAAAUUGGUUUUGUUGUCGGUGAGUAAGGUUUUUCUAUCCAAUGAAUUUACAUAUUCUUCAUCCCUUUUCAUUUUUUCUGGAUCAUAACCUUUCUCUAAGUACCGCUCCUUUUUAAUUGAAACUUGUUCGUUAAAUGUUAUUUCAUCUGAACAGUUCCUCCUCAAAUGUGUAAUUUGGCCCCUUAGGUAUGUUUGUGAGCCAGGGUGGAUAGUGUAGACUGUUUCGGUCUAUAGUCAUAUUGCAGUCUGUGCUUUUAAAAAACUUUUUACUUUUUAGUUGAUCCUCUUUUACAUAAAGGGUCAGGUCUAGAAAAUUGAUUUGUGUUUUAAUUAUGACACAUGUAAAAUUCAAGUUAUAUUUAUUGUUAUUUAUAGUUUCAAUAAUAGAAAUGAGGCUUUCUGUAGAUCCUUCCCAUAUGAUCAAAACAUCAUCAAUGUAACAUCGCCAUAGGACAAGACUGCUCCCACAAACCUCGCCCAAAUGUAUAUGUAAAUGUUACAAAUGGGAUACAAACAGACUGACGAAGCUGGUGGGGGCAAAUCUUGUUCCCAUGGCGAUGCCACACAGCUCUAAGAAGAAUGUAGAAUGGAACCAUAAAUAAUUUCUGGUCAAUACAAAAUGUAUACAUUCAACCAGAAACUCAAUCUGGUUAAUAUUUAGUAGACCCCUGUUAACCUAAAUUUCUUUAAUUACCUCUAGUAUCAUUAAUCAUAAUUUUUUCUAGAUUGCUGGAUAUAUUUCAACUUUGAUCAUUGUAAGGUGGCAUAUAUUCCCCUCGGUUAGGUAAUAUUAUCCACUUUUUGCUCACCUCACCUAUGUUUUGUUCUUCUUAACUUGUUUGAUGUUUAGAGGGCACACCAACUAAGUUGGUGGAGUACACUGCAUAUAUAGUGGUUGUAUAUAUAUUUUAUUUAAUUUUUUUAAUUUUUGUGAUUUAUAUUUGUUUUUGUCCACCAUCUUCUAUAUCUGAAAGUUCAUAUACCCUUUGCAAGAAAACCCAGCAAAAAUGUGAGCAUUGUAUUUAAUAAUUAAGACAUGAAAAGUACAAUUAUUUGCUCACAUAAAUUGAAAAUAAAAAGGUAUCAAUGAGACGAGUAUUUUAUACCAAUAUUGUUGUUUGCAGAGAACACCUGGGGAAACCAGGCAUAUGGAACAGGUGUGAAGAACCUAAAGAUAUUGUGCCAUGGAACCUAACUCUAUUCUCCUUGCUCCUGAUAAUGAGUGCAGUCCAGGCUCUGCUCUGUGCAAUUCAGGCCAUCAAUGGACUGAUUGGGAUGUUCUGUGUUGGCUGUAAAUCUGGAUGUUGUGGGGUAAGUUCAUAGUUGGUACAUAUUAUGUCAUCAAUGUAUAUUUCACCCCUUUUCACAUGGUUUAAAGCAUGAAUUGCUCUCAUAUGGGAUUCAGUAUGUAUGGGAUGUAUUGGGGCAUAGGGAGAGAGUGCGUGUGAGAGGGUGAGAUAGGGCUUUAAUUUGUGGGGGCAUUUAAUUUCAUUAUUAUUAUAAUAAAAUAAAUAUAUUGUGUUUUUGUCAUUGAAACAAAAAUAAAAGUUUCAUCCAUCCCUUUCCCUGGUCAUCCAGAGGGGAGAGCCUAUGGUCUGCACCCUCAGCCGGGGCAGAUCUUAGGUAAUGAUUCGUGCAAGCUCCAGACUCAUAGUAUCAGAGUGUUACCAUGGUAAGCCAGAGCUUAAGGGAGCUUUGCACUCAUUUGUACCCAGAAGAAGGUGCAAACCAGAAGAUCUUUAAACCCCCUACAGUGGGUGCAACGGGCCAGUGUGGCCCACUGGCCCUUGAAUACACUGCUCUGCUUAGGCUGGUCGAGGAGUAUUCUGCACAAUCUCCUCAAUCACCAGGGUCCUUAAAGUGGCAACCUUAAUGUAACGUUGGUGCUGAUAGCACACUAAAUAAAGGUAAAGAAAUACUUAGCUUCCAGGAACCUAAUGCUGCACAACUUAGAGAAGCUGACUUCAACAUUAGGAAGACCUCUCCUUAACCAGGAAGAGACUGUGUACAUAUUAGUGACAGCAAGAUGUUGCAACUGGACUGGGCAGUAAUUGUGGCCACAUAAUUAAACAGUUAUCAUGAACAUUAAAGUAAUUUUUUUUUUCCAUUUAUGUAUUAUCAAAUAAUGAAUCUCAUAAUAAAACUAAUUAAUGAUUGUCACGCCAUGCACCGUUAAAAAAAAAAACCUAGCUCUGUGUAUUCAAAUAGUUAAAUUAAGUCCUCAAUCAUGAUUUGUUUAUUGAAAUAUAUUAUUCAUUUUGCAUAUUAAAUAAUAAUCUUUUUUCAUUUCACACACAGGGUGAUGGACCAGUUUAA